AUGUCACUCCCCGUUCGAACCCUGGGUCGAGAUGGCCCCCAGGUCUCAGCCGUAGGGCUAGGUCUCGGUAGUAUCAGCGGAUUCUACGGACCAGCAGGCACAAUUGACGAGAAAGUGGCCCUCUUAGACCACGCAUAUGCGACCGGGCUGCGCUUCUGGGACAUGGCGGAUGUUUAUCUUGACAGCGAAGAUGUGGUGGGUGAAUGGGCCAAGCGAUCGGGAAACCGCGACGACAUUUUCCUCGCGACAAAGUUUGGACUCCUGCGCCAGCCUGAUGGGACUCAUAAGUUUCGCUCGGAUUCCGAGCAUGUUAAAGCUGCGUGCGAAAAGAGUCUCCAGAGACUUGGGGUUGAUACUAUUGACCUUUACUAUUGUCAUCGGGUUGAUGGUGUCACACCCAUUGAAACGACGAUCAAGGCCAUGGUUGAACUGAAAAAUCAAGGGAAAAUUAGAUAUCUUGGUUUAUCUGGCGUUUCAGCAUCCACACUUCGUCGUGCACACGCCGUCCACCCCAUCACUGCGCUUCAAAUGGAAUAUAGCCUCUUUACUCUCGACAUAGAGUCACCAGCCUCGGGAAUUCUAACCACUUGCCGCGAGCUAGGGGUGACGGUCGUGGCCUAUUGUCCUAUCGGACGUGGCAUCCUGACUGGUCGAUUUCAAUCACACGCCGAUCUUCCCGAAGGUGACUUGCGUCGCGCGCUGCCGAAGUUUUCGGAAAACAAUUUUCCAGGAGUUCUGAACAUAGUUCAGAAAUUGAAAGAUGUUGCUGAAGUCCAUGCAUGCACCCCUGCACAGGUCGCUCUUGCGUGGCUACUGGCUCAAGGAGCGGAUAUCAUCCCGAUCCCUGGCACGAAGACACCGGCGAGGAUGGAUGAGAAUGCGGAAGCUGGACGGAUCAAGCUGAGCAGUCAUGAGCUUCAAGAGAUUCGGGAUAUAGUGGAGCGAACGGAGAUUGAGGGUUCUCAGUACUCUGCAGCAACGAUGGCUGCUCUACAAGAUGAGACUCCCCCACUCUAG